UAGUAAGGAGCAGAGUUAGGGCCCGGCGUUACUGUAGCCACGUAUCAGCCACCGGCCUCUCUGUGGUUGAUGUCACCGGGGACUUUUGAAGAGAUUAACGGCGCAGUUUGCUAGCGAGCUAAAGCCGUGCAGCGGUAGUUAACAUCACCGACCAACAACCACCGCCAGGUUCACUUCGACUGGCUUCGGCAAACGCGUUAGCCGCGGAGCUAAGGCUAGCUGCAGCGGGGAGCUAAUAACACAGAUGUGAUCUGCUUAUGACUCUUCCUGUCGGCGCUGACCGGGGUCAUGGCUGAUCCAGCUGAUCGUUGCUGUUCUCUGCAGAUGUUGUGAUGUACUGUCUUAAACCUGAUCAAGCAAAACACUUUCACAAAUGAGUUGCUGCUUGGCUACGGGACGUGUGUCCUAUCACUGAGGCCACAUGUGUAUCCGGAGAGAUGGAUCGUUGUAAGCACGUGGGUCGCCUUCGCCUGGGCCAAGACCAUUCUAUCCUCAAUCCACAGAAAUGGCACUGCGUGGACUGCAGCACCACCGAAUCAGUGUGGGCCUGCCUCAAGUGCUCCCACGUGGCCUGUGGACGCUUCAUGGAGGAGCACUCACUCAAACACUUUCAGGAGUCACACCACCCACUGGCUAUGGAGGUGCGUGAGCUCGACGUCUUCUGCUUUGCCUGUGGAGACUAUGUACUCAAUGAUAACGCAGAGGGAGACCUCAAACUCCUCAGAGGGGCGCUCUCUACCGUUCGGAGCCCAGGCAGACGUUCGCUGCGCUCUUCGGCCGGUGGGGAGUGCACCCCCUGGGUCGGGGAAGGCGGACCGCAACCUGCCAUGCAGCUGGCCUCACGCCACAGGAGGAAAGCACUCCUUGGGAAGAUGCUUCAGAUGUGGAUCAGCAAACAUCAGGAGCUUCAGAAUCAGCGUCAAGAGAAACUCGAGGAAGCCAGAAGACAAAAGAAAGAGGUCAAGAGGAGACUCAUGGAAGAGCUUGGCAGUGUUCCUCCCAGAAAGAGUGCUAGGCUUCUUACUCAGGCGCCACGUUCAACCAUCACACUCAUUCCUCGCAAAUUUCGCGACCCUCCAGAACGCCUACCUCCUCCUCCCAAGAAGCCUUCCCUUCUAGCCCUGUCCCGCAAGCCUCCUCAGAACGGCAGAGCUGCUAAACUGAGGAGAUACUACUCCACGCAUGCGGUAAAACGCAGGAGAAUCGCUCCAGGUGUCACUGGUCUGCGAAACUUGGGGAACACAUGCUACAUGAACUCAAUAUUGCAAGUGCUCAGCCACCUGCAGAAAUUCAGGGAGUGUUUUCUCACUUUGGACCUGUGCGAGACUGAGGAGCUGCUGGCCAAGACCAAUCACUCCCAGACGAUGAAGGGAGUGACGGGAGGUGUGGUCAGCAGCGGUAACACGGCACUGUCAGGAUGCCCUCUCGGGCGCAUGGGGAAGGCGGGCAGUUGGAAUUUGCCCGUGGGCAAAAAAGAAAGCGUCCCGCCUUCUCCGAAGUCUGCGGAGUUGGUUCAGCCCAAGGAGCCUCGCUGCUCCACCCGCCAGCAGAUGUCUCUGUGCCACGAGUUGCAUACACUUUUCAGGGUCAUGUGGUCGGGCCGGUGGUCUCUGGUGUCUCCCUUUGCCAUGCUGCACUCCGUGUGGAACCUCAUCCCUGCUUUUCGUGGGUACGACCAGCAGGACGCCCAGGAGUUCCUGUGUGAGCUGUUGGACAAGGUGCAGCAGGAGCUGGACACAGAGGGGUCCAAACGUCGGAUAGUUAUCCCCAUCACAAAGAGGAAGCUAUCCAAGCAAGUGCUAAAGGUUCUUAACACCAUCUUUCACGGGCAGCUACUAAGCCAGGUGACAUGUCUGUCGUGUAAGCACAAGUCUAACACAGUAGAGCCAUUCUGGGAUUUGUCGUUGGAGUUUCCAGAGCGAUAUCACAGCGUAGACAAAAGCUCAGGCUCUACGGCUUACCAGCGAAGCUGCACCCUCACAGAGAUGCUGUCCAAGUUUACAGAGAUGGAGGCUCUUGAAGGCAGCAUCUACGCCUGCAACCACUGCAACAAAAGAAGGCGGAAAUCAUCCCACAAACCCUUAGUUCUGUCAGAAGCUCGUAAGCAGCUUCUGAUCUACCGUUUACCUCAGGUUCUACGGCUGCACCUCAAACGCUUCAGAUGGUCGGGGCGGAACCAUAGGGAGAAAAUCGGCGUCCAUGUGGCCUUUGACCAGGUUCUGAACAUCAAACCGUACUGCUGCACAGACUCAGGUCACUCUGUCCACAGAGGAGGCUACACCUACGAUCUGUCUGCUGUUGUUAUGCACCAUGGUAAAGGCUUCGGCUCAGGGCACUACACCGCAUACUGCUACAAUACAGAAGGAGGUUUCUGGGUCCACUGUAAUGACUCUGAGAUGAAAGUUUGCAGCGUGGAGGAAGUGUGCAACACUCAGGCCUAUAUUCUCUUCUAUACCCAGAGGUCUGCCUAGGCACCCUCUCGCUGUGACGUUGACCUGUACGUGGCGACUCAGUGCCACAUUUAUGAAAACGUUCUCUGAUGUUCUCCCCGAUGUCAUUAAACGGCCACUUUGAAACGAUUUGCUAAAAAAAGACGGCAAUGAGGGCAGUGGGACGGAGACGGUCGCGAGUCGAGGUGAAAAUUUUAGCAGCGCUCGCGAGAGAGAGAUGAUCCGGAUUACGUUUGAAUCUUUAAAAGAAAUCAGAAAAUCUUCUCAUAAAUGAGGCCACGGGUUUCUCGGCCUGUGGGACCAGCUUAAUGGUUUAUGGCCUGAAGACUGUGGGAGCAGGUGCGACUCUGUCCAUCUGAACACCAAGUUGUGUGUCCAUGUUUUUAAAGCGCUCCGCCCGGAGGCGACCAGGCGCUCUCCUGAGACAGCAUUUUACAUCCAACAGCAACACGGAUUCUGGAGCUGGGACGCGUUUCGUCACAGUAAUGUUGAUAAUGUGCGUUUUACAGGUGACUGUUGAUUUGAUACGAGUGCACUAAAUAUUAUCAGAGGUACAUGUCUCAACAUCUAGUGAUCAGACUCCAAACUCCGUGUUGCCUCCUGUUCAGCUUUUUUAAUUAUUGUGAAACGUCGGUUAUGGAAACUUUUUAAUACUCAUCCCUGUGUCGUUCGUACUUCAUCCACGUCCUCUCCUCAGAUGUACUGCUGUGACUGGAUACUGUGUCUUAGGCUCGAGGCUCUCGGUGAUCAUGAAUAGAGUUAGUUAUUUUGUAGUCUUUCUGUUUCAGUUCCACGAGAACAAGCAAAAAGACUUGACCGACGCUAGAAAGCUGCACUUUUGAGGAGGGGCUACUACUGUUGGUCUGCGGCUCCUCCUGUGGUUUAACGGUUAGGCCGGUCUGAGCCCGGGUCAGAGACACCUCGGUUUAACCCGCUGGAGAUGGGUCGUGUGUAGCUGAAGAGCAGACAUGCUGAAGAAUGUGUUUUUCUUUCUGGGGGACUCGGGGUACCCAUUUUGAGUUGAGCACCUAAAAGCAAUAUAUUGUACAUCUUUCAUCUUGACAGGAAAUUAAGAUAAAAUCAGGAACUCUUCUGCUUGUUAUACAACGUUUUUUUCUACUCUGCCGUUUCUAUCAAGGUCUUUAGGAUUUACUAGGUAAUCGAGAAAAAAUGUUGUGUUUGAUACGAGUCAAAUGCAAAACACAUUUGUGAACUCCAUGUGAAAGUUGGAACAAUCUAAUGACGAUGAAUGUCUUACUUUUUAGUGGUCAGGUGCGGCCGUGACACCACUGCCUCUGAUCCCCUUGAGUUCUGUCUUGUACUGUAAGAAUACCUGUCAUAAAUGUAUUGGUCAUAUGGGUUUUGCCUGACGGUAAUUAUUAAAAAGACAAAACUGAAAACAA